GAAAGCGUUGACAUCGAGUUGCAGUCGGUCAACGCGGAGUCAAUGACACAUACAACGGCGUUACAUGUUGCCGUGCAAAAUAAUGACCUCAAGAUAAUCGAGUUGCUUGUACGAGAUGGAGCCAGCAUCGAUACUAGACAACCGGAUGGGAAAACACCACUCCUCAUAGCUGUCGAAAACCGUAACCAUGGAAUGAUUCAACUUCUCUUGAAAUUGGGUGCCAACAAGAGUCUCGAAGAUACGGAAGGGAGUACUGCAAUAGAUUUGGCUGAGGGCCACAGUACCAUCAUUGCACUCCUUGAAGCACCCCAGGAGAUUUAAGGACUAGCAAGAUCUAAG